AUGUUUUCUUCCUCGGCCUCUUUUACUCCCUUGUUGAUGUUGAUUUCUGGGAUCUUGUGCUAUACUCCGAAACCCUUUUUUUUUCUCAUUCUCUCUUCUCUCUCUUCUCUAUCUUGUUCUCCACCAUUCCAUCUUCUUCUCUUCUUCUGUCGUUUUCUUCGUUUGCCUAUCUUCUUUGAUUCUGUCGAUCUUCUGCCCGCCGUUUCUGUAUCUUCGUUGCCGAUCUUCUGCCCGCCGUUUCUGUAUCUUCGUUGCCGAUCUUCUGGGCGCCGUUUCUGUAUCUUCGUUGCCGAUCUUCUGGCCGCCGUUUCUGUAUCUUCGUUGCCGAUCUUCUGCCCGCCGUUUCUGUAUCUUCGUUUCCGAUCUUCUGCCGUUUCUGUAUCUUCAUCACUGAUUGAAAUUAUGUUGAAAGAGGGGAAGGUAGAUUCGCAAACACACAUAAUAGGUUGUGCAGCUGUUCUACAGAUAUGGGCGUUCAACCAUCUGUCAUUGGGUGAACCAUCUCUUCCCAAGUUUAGUUUCCCGAGAUUUUUGAAUUGGCCAAUCUUACAGUGUCAGAAGAAAACAAUAUUAAAAGCAUUUCAAAAUAACAUGAUAAUUGAAGAGUUAACUGCCACAAAUGAAGAACUUGAAUUUGACAUGGUAAAUGAAGCAUUGCAUAAACAAGAAAAUCAAAUUGUACGUUAUGUUGAUUAUCAACGAUUGGUGGCGGAGAAUAGGCAGUCCCAAGAGAAGAUUUCAAUUCUUGAGGGUGAGGUAAAAUUGUUGAAAGAAGAAUUGUGUAAACGUCAACCAAUGCAUGAAUCCGAUCAUGAAUUUGAUGAUGAGGUGGGAAUUAGUAACCCUUUUGAGAAUGUUGGGGAUGAAGUCGAAUGUGAGCCUAACGUGAACAGUUCAGCAAAAGCAACGUCAAACAUAAUUACGAGAAUGAAAGAUAAACCAAGGAGGCGAGUUAAAAGUGUCGUCAAUCAAAUUACUAUUAUUUGA